UAGUCUUCUGCUCCCAAGCACUCCGCGCCCUGUGGGAGCUCCGCGCAGCGGCACUAAGCCGCCCAAAGGGCAUUGACGGACGUUUGAUUGGCUGUCCCGCAGAAGCGAACCGUCUUUGUGGCCCUGGGUUGACCCACAAGGCGGGCCUUCGGGAAGGAGAAGGCGGCGCCUUUGGGUGUUGGGCGCGAGCGGUUGAAAGGCGCUUGGCGUCGGUUCGGCUGCCGCGGCCCCUGCCCAUGGCUGCGCCCGCGGAGCUGCGGGCUGCCUCGCCGCCCCCGCCUCCGCCCUCUUCUCCGUCGUCCUCGGACGCCUCCUCAGCCUCUGCGAGCGCCAGCGGCGGCCGCGCGGUGGAUCGGCUGGAGCUGGUGGAGCUGCAGAUCGGAGACGCAGCGUUUUCAUUAAGCAAGCUUCUGGAAGCCACGUCGGCAGUGUCGGCGCAGGUGGAAGAGCUGGCCUGCAAGUGUACAGAGAACGCGCGCUUCCUGAAAACGUGGCGGCACCUCCUGAAAGAAGGCUACGAGUCUCUGAAGUCUGACGGCUGACUCGGCCUGCUUAGGUGCUGGGCUAACGGCCGGGCACCCAUUCCCGGCUCCUCGUGUGUGGUAUCUGCACAUGUGGAUACGUGUGUCCCACAUGUACGGCUUGAGCUCCUUCUAGCAGGCCCUGUACACUCAGCACGGCUUCUCGUGAUUGAAUUCUGCUUGGUUUUCGUGACUUUCGUGAAAGCAGAAUGCUGAUACUAUUUUUGAUGCCAGCCCGUGUUUGCUUACGCUUUAGUACCUGUGUCCUCUAAAUUUCAUGGAAUCCUGUAUGCAAAUGGGUUCCUGUAUGCAAAUGCAAAUGUUAAUGCUGCCACAGCGCUGCCAGGGUGGAUCAGGUGAACCGUCACACGGUUUCUGAGAAGACGCCAAGAGCAGCAGUGUUAGAAGUUGAGCUGCAUCUUGGGGACCACUGGCAAUAAGGGACGGAGAACGCACCUUUCCUUGGCCCUCUUAGGAGAAGGCUGUGGUUCUUUGAAGACUGACGUCGCCGGUGGCAGAAGGAGCUUCAGUAGCUAAGUUCUCUAGAGCUAGCGGCUGUGUUUUACUUCUGUAUCCUCAGCACCUAAAGCAGUGUCGCCCAGCGUCAGUGUUGACUAUGAGCUGGCAAAUGUCAUUCGAGCCUGUUUUCUUCUUCCUGAUUAGAAUCUGUGUCUGAGAUGGAGAGAGACAGGGAGGGCGCCCCCAUCUCCUGGCUCACGCCCCGAAUGCCUGCAGUAGCCAAAGCCGGGAGCUGGGGACUCACUGCAGGGCUCCCACGUGGGCGGCAAGGACCCAGUUACUUGAGCCAUCAUUGCUGAUGCUGAGAACCCAUGUUAGCAGGGAGCUGGAGUCAGGAGCGAGAGCCAGCAGUGAAAGCAGGCACUCCCGUGCAGGGUGCAGGCACCCUGAUGAUGUCUUACCCACUAGACCAAACACCCGCCCCCUUGCAGGUUUUUUUUGUGUGUUUUUUUUUUUUUUUUGGACAGGCAGAGUGGACAGUGAGAGAGAGAGAAAGGUCUUCCUUUUGCUGUUGGUUCACCCUCCACUGGCCGCCGUGGCCGGCGCACCGCGCUGAUCUGAUGGCAGGAGCCAGGUGCUUUUCCUGGUCUCCCUUGCAGGUGCAGGGCCCAAGGACUUGGGCCAUCCUCCACUGCACUCCCUGGCCACAGCAGAGGGCUGGCCUGGAAGAGGGGCAACCGGGACAGAAUCCGGCGCCCCGACCGGGACUAGAACCCGGUGUGCCGGCACCGCAAGGCGGAGGAUUAGCCUAGUGAGCCUGGCGCCGGCCCCCCUUGCAGUUUUGAGCACGAGGACUGUAACUGUUUCUCUAAAAACAGGCUGAACCACAGUGUCAUUGACUUAAAGGGAAACAUGCUCUUUUUGUGGAGAUUUGUAUUUUGAUGAUAGCUUUUAAGAAUAUAUGAAAUAAUUUUGCUCUUCUGUGAUGCUUUAUAAAAGCCUUUAGGAAACCAAAGCCCACUUAGAAAGGGUGCGCAUUUUCCUCAUUUAUUUCUGCGGUGAACUGCUUUCAUAGUUAAUAUUUCUUGUACGUGAUGCUUUUCUGUUUUACCACGGUCUUGAAAGUGCCUUAUCCAGUGAAUGGCGUUGUGCUGUUACUUUUUGAAGGGCUGUGAAUGAUUUCUGUAGUAUUUCUGGACGGUUACUUUGUUGCCAGUGCGUCAAAUGUGAAUGCUGUCAUUGUUUCCAUAUUUGACCUUAGUGACGAUGUUCUGUUUACCCUGUAUCUUGUAUUGCUUUUUGUUGUUUUGUGACAUGUUUAAUCAGUCAGCUACUUUUCUUCUUUAGUAGAACUCGCAGACAUCUCUGACAGGACAUCGUAAUUUUGUAAAUGAGGAAUUUGUACAGAACUAUAUUCCAGGGCCUCACAGUGGGCCACUGAUCGGGGACGCCAGGAUGGACAGAGAUAGUUCUGUUUAGCACAUAAGGUCACAGUUCUUGAUUAGUGUUUUUAGUUAAAGAUCACACAUACGAUGUGAUAUCUAUACCAAAGAGAUGCUUAUUUGAGUAUUAGAAAAAUAUUUUCUUAAAAGUCUUCAAAAUGGCAAUUUUUAAAAUGUACAAAAAUAAAUUUCAUUUCUGCUUCUUUGA